GGAGGGGAAGGUGGAGCUGGCGGGGCGGGCUGCACUCCAUGUGUCUCGGGGGCAGAGGGCGGCGGCUGUGGAUUACACGCUGCGGGACCGGUCGCCCAGAGCAGGGCCGGGAUCUGCAGCCGCGGCCGGAGCUGCGCCCGCGGCCCCAGCCGAGCGGGGGACACAGUACCUAAAAAGAAACACUGCGUUGAUUUUAUCUCACAAUGGAAUUUCAGAAGUCACCCGAUGGAGGAUGGGGCUGGGUGAUUGUGGUCGUCUCCUUCUUCACUCAGUUCCUCUGUUAUGGAUCCCCAUUAGCUGUUGGGGUCUUGUACAUAGAAUGGUUGGAUGCCUUUGGUGAAGGAAAAGGAAAAACAGCCUGGGUGGGAUCCCUGGCAAGCGGAGUCGGCUUGCUUGCAAGUCCUGUGUGCAGUGUCUGUGUCUCAUCUUUCGGAGCGAGGCCCGUCACGAUCUUCAGUGGCUUCCUCGUGGCUGGAGGCCUGAUGUUGAGCAGUCUGGCCCCCAAUAUCUGCUUUCUGCUAUUUUCCUAUGGCAUCAUUGUAGGUCUCGGAUGUGGCUUAUUAUACACCGCGACAGUGACCAUUACGUGCCAGUAUUUUGACAGUCGCCGAGGCCUCGCACUCGGCCUGAUUUCAACAGGUUCAAGUGUGGGCCUUUUCAUCUACGCCGCACUGCAGAAGGUAUUGAUCGAGUUCUAUGGCCUCGACGGGUGCCUGCUUAUCGUGGGCGCUUUAGCUUUAAACAUACUAGCCUGCGGCAGUCUGAUGAGGCCCUUGCAGUCCUCCGACCGUUGUUUUCCUGAAAAGACAGCUCCAGAGAUUGUCCCAGAUACAUACUCCAUGUACAAUGAGAAAGAGAAGAGCCUGGAAGAAAAUAUGAACCUGGACAGGGGCUACGGUAGCGAAGAUAAAUGCAAUAGCCCCUUGCCAAACAGUGACUGGACACGGGAGACUUGCCUUCCUAAAAACCUCACAGCCGCAGCGCACACCAAGGAGCCCGAGCCGUACAAAAAGGUCGUGGAACAGACUUAUUUUUGCAAGCAGCUUGCCAAGAGGAAAUGGCAGUUAUAUAGGAACUACUGCGGCGAGACAGUGUCUCUUUUUAAAAACAAAGUCUUCUCCGCACUUUUCAUCGCCAUCUUGCUGUUUGACAUCGGAGGGUUUCCGCCCUCGCUACUCAUGGAGGAUGUAGCGCGGAGUUCGAACGUGAUGGAAGAAGAUCGCGCCAUGCCACUCAUCUCUAUUUUUGGCAUCAUGACAGCCGUGGGCAAACUUCUUUUAGGCAUCCUGGCUGACUUCAAGUGGGUCAAUACCUUGUAUCUCUACGUAGCCACCUUGAUUAUCACCGGCCUGGCCUUGUGUGCAAUCCCCCUUGCCAAGAGUUACGUCACCCUGGCGAUUCUUUCUGGGAUCUUGGGUUUUCUUACUGGCAAUUGGUCCAUCUUCCCGUAUGUGACCACGAAGACUGUGGGGAUUGACAAACUAGCUCACGCCUAUGGAAUACUCAUGUUUUUUGCUGGACUUGGCAAUAGCCUCGGGCCACCCAUAGUUGGCUGGUUCUAUGACUGGACUCAGACCUACGACAUCGCCUUUUAUUUCAGCGGCUUCUGUGUCCUCCUGGGAGGCUUCAUCCUGCUGUUUGCCGCCUUGCCCUGUUGGGAUACCUGCAACAAGAGACUCCCCAAGCCGGUGCCAACAACCUUUUUCUAUAAAGUUGCCUCUAAUGUUUAGAGGGCUAUUAAAGGCAUUAUUUUCUCUAUUUUUCUACUUUAUACCAUGCAGCAAUGUAUGUAUGCAUGAAUGUAUGUAUGUGACAAAUUGU